UUUAGUUUGUUUUUAAUGUCCAGAGUUCAACAGUUUCUUUGACCUUGUAUAUAGAAAUUCUUUGAUAGUGCUCUUAUUUUCCAAACUAUGUUGAGAAACAUUAUCAUUAAAUUGUUGAAGUAUCUGCCUCCACAGUAUUUGUUUGUCAGUGAUAAAAAUGGAGCACCCGUCCACAAACGCACUACAAGGUCAGAAGUUACGGUCAGCUGUAGUUCAGCUGCUGCAGGGGUUUAAGUCUUUCUCAAGGACUCCUUAUAUUACAGCCUGGCAUUUGCUAAACACUGGAAAAUUGCUAGCCUGCCUCUCUCCACGGACAACAAAAUCUGUCCAAUAUGACUUGUAAAGCUUUACAAGUCUGCUUUAUCCAUAUGAACGUAAGAUUCUGGAGUAUUUUCAGGGCAAUGUACAAAAAGAGGAAAAAUAUUUAACAACAUUUGCAUAUGUGUUGCCAUUUUGCUGAUGGCUCGAGAUGGGGUUGAUUAUUGUGGCUCAGUUUUUAUUGCGUUUGUUCUCUUGACUCAUGACAGAAAGAACAUUAUUCUACUGUAAAGCCAUUGUAAAAUUGAGACAUUGCCCCCCCCCUCCCUCGCUCUCUACCAACAUGUCCCCUGGGCAAUAUUACUAUGGUAAUAUACUAAUGUUAAACACUCUAAGUAGACAUGGUGUUUAAGUCUGACCUUAAAACGGCCAUCUAAAAAGUUUGGUUGGAGCGAUAAUGUGGACAUUGUGAAAUAAUAUUAUCCUGUGACCAGUAGUUUGACCUCGGAAAAUCAUGAACAGUUUUACCAUUAACGCCUUCUCUUUAAGGAGGGUAGUCAGAGGACUGUAAUGACUUUGCAUAAUGAGUUACACUUUUUUCCCCUCAUUGGGUCUGCUUUCUAAAAGAUCUCUGUAUUGUACAGGAGAGAGUGCUAGUCUCUUUUAUCUCUAGAAAAAAAAAAACCUUGUGGCUACAGUUUGAUCAAUUAAACUCCUGAAAGGACCCCCCUCCUCCCUUUCUUUCCACUGCCUGAGAGGAAUAUAAAGUUAUCAGUCUUCCCAAGCGAUAUGAGGACGGAAAUAAGUAGUUUGUCUAUAAAAAUGUCCAGGUACUUUAUCAGCGUCCCAGUAGGCCCCGAGGCCCUGACACUGUUCAAUGUGGCUCCCCUGUACUCCAGUCUCACAUGCACCCUCUUUCUUCCCUCCUCCCUCUCCCCCUGUCUACUUUGUCUCUGCCCAGGGCUGGUUACUCGUUGGGUGGGGUGUUCGCUCCCGGCCCCGCACCUCAGUGGGAUUGACUGGGGCUCGAGCCCCAAGUGAGGUUAUCGAUUUCAAUCAGUGGCUCAGGAGAUAGGAGCUGAAUGAUGCUGCUGACUUUAAACAGUGGUCAGCUGCAUUGUUUGUUGUUUGGGGUAGGGGCGAAAAACGCUGCAGGAGGAGGCACUUUGACGAGGAGUCAGAUAAACACACAAACAGAAUCACUCAUAGACGGAGAUGUCUUAAUCUUCUGGUUCAGAGUUUUGCUGCAUCUUAGCGGGUGCAUUUCUCAAAGUAAAGAGGCUGAAAGAAUUGACGAAGAAGUAGAAAGAUUUUUUUCAACCACAGAUGCUGCACAUUAACACUAUUAGAUACCGGCACUGCAAGUGAUAACAUUGGAUUAUUGUUUUUGCGCAUAAAACAAAUCAUUGUUAAGAAUUCCCAUCACGAUUCUCAAGAAGGGAUUUAAAAGAACCGCUUGUUUUGUUCAUCAGGCUUCUAAAAAGUCCGAUAUAUUUUGUUCUAUGUCUUGCGUGCACUAUUUUUAAGUAUUGUUUGCAUAACGCGUGGCUUAAAAUGAUUCCUCCUUACUCAACUAGUCGCUUGUAUAAUAGGAGCAGCUGUAUUUAGAAGCAACCUUUUAGAGUUUAGGAGCUGUUUGCACGGGCAGCAGACAUGAGCGCUGGAAACAGCACUUUGCCUGAUUGCGUUUCUAAUUGCAUUUAAUGUAAGCUAAUGUAUAAAACUGAAAAAUGGCCAACUUGGCAGAUCAACAGUAAAUGUUGAUUGUGUAAUGUGGUGAAAGGACAGGGAGUUUAAGCAAUUAAUAUUCUUCAACGCGGCAUUCGUCCAGCAGUACAUCGGCUGUUUUACUCUUUCAGUAGAUGCUGUUCAAGAGCAACGUGGCAACUUUUUUUUUGUUCCAUCAUUGUUCACAGGAAAAGUAUGAGCAUAAAGACAGACUGAUAAAGUUCCUGUUUUGCUUAAAGAGGGAAGUUAGUUCACGCAAUGAGGGCACUGCAGUGUUUUCUGCUCUCAGAAGCAUUUGCAUCAAGGCCAGGAGAUUAAACGUGUGGGUUGGGAACUGGAGAGAGUGUGUUGUCUCGCUUGGGGCCCCCGAUGCCAGAGUUCUAGCUUUCAUCGCACAGGGUGAAAGAUAACUCCUGGACGUUUCACUCUGUGUGGCUACAGAUAUUCUCGUUAAAGGCUCCAUGUUCACUGCGUUUGUGCUGGUGCUGGGCUGCCUGCUGCAGAGGAACCUAGUGACCACAGAGGGGCACCGUGGGACCAACUGCCUCAUCUUCUAUGCAGUGCAAAUGGACGGAGGCACCAGAGCUGCCAAAGCUCUGGCUGAGCAGCAUGGACUGGAGUUCGUACAACGGGUUGGCAGCCUGAACGGUCUGUACACACUGAGGGACACCAGGGGGCGCCCUGACAGAGCCACCUUUGAAGACAGACUUGCAGCAGCAGCAAGGGUUCACUGGGUGCAGAGACAGCACUGUCAUUACAGAGACAAACGAGUUCCUGUGACAAGACUGGACCAUGGCACUACCAAUGGUCCCCACAGGAAAGAGUCUGAAACUGACAAGCAGCCCGAAGAGAAUAAGAGUGACCAGUCCCUCACCUUCAAUGACCCUCUCUGGCCCAUGCAGUGGGAACUGUUUGCACAGGGUGAGUACACUGAUGCGACUGACCUGAAUUUGAUGCCGGUUUGGAGGAACAACGUUACUGGACAUGGAGUCGUGGUCAGCAUCAUUGAUGAUGGUUUAGAUCACACAAACAAGGACCUAAAGAAAAACUUUGAGGCCCGUGCCAGUUUUGACCUGCGUGCAUCUCACGAUCCCAUGCCUGUCAGAAAUGAGGAGAAUAGUCACGGUACCCAUUGUGCAGGGGAAGUUGCCAUGGAGGCCAACAACUCCUACUGUGGUGUGGGCAUCGCCUUCAAUGCCAGGAUUGGAGGUAUCCGCCUGUUGGAUGGCUCUGUGACGGAUGCCAUGGAGGCCACAGCUCUGACCUUCAACAUCCACUUCAUCGACAUCUACGUCUGCAGUUGGGGCCCGAGGGACGACGGGGCCGAGAUGGACGGGCCGCAGAGCCUGACAGAGCAAGCCCUCCGGCUAGGAGCUCACAAGGGCCGAGGUGGGAAGGGCAGCAUCUAUGUGUGGGCGGCAGGUAAUGGUGGAAUGCAGCAUGACCACUGCGGUGCAGAUGGAUAUGUUAACUCCAUCUACAACAUUGCCAUCGGCGCCGUCACUCAAACUGGGAAGCCCACCUUCUUUGGAGAGCCCUGCCCUGGAGUGAUGGCCGUCACUCUGACAGGGACCAGCGUGGGAAGCUCAUUACCUUUGGUGACUGUGACCAACAUUGGUGAUGGAUGUGUCACACACUUUCCAGGAACAUCCAGUGCUGCUCCGAUUGCUGCAGCGAUUCUGGCUCUUGCCUUAGAAGUAAAUCCUGAGCUGACGUGGAGGGAUGUUCAGCAUCUGAUCGCCAAGACAGCAAAGAUCCCCGACCCUAAAGAGCCUGGCUGGAACAUCAAUGCAGCAGGAUACCAUGUUCACCAUAGGUACGGCUUUGGACUGUUGGAUGCAGGGCUGAUGGUGCAGCAGGCCACACACUUCCACAGUGUUCCUUCACAGAAGAAGUGCACACAAGAAGUCACGCUUGAUCCUGCCAGAAUCUUUUAUCCAGGGCAAGGAGUCAAUGUGAACAUCCAAUCAGAAGCCUGUCGAGGAAGGGCUAAUGAGAUCAACACUCUUGAGCAUGUCCAGGUGAGAGUGAGUAUCAACGCAGCGUGCCGUGGUGACCUAUCCAUAAGCCUGGUGUCUCCUGGUGGCACAGUGUCGGUGCUGUUGGAUACGAGGCCUUAUGAUGCCUCCACCGCUGGACUGAAGAACUGGACUCUGAUGACUGUGCACUGCUGGGGUGAGCAGCCACGAGGCCGCUGGAGCCUCCAGUUUGAGGUGACUGACCGCAAGGGCACAGUGAGGAGCUGCGCAAGGCCAAGUGAAGAGGAGGCAGCCGGAGCUCUACACAGCGUUACACUCAUCCUCUAUGGCACCUACCACCCACACAGGACCACGCACGAGGGACCCCUGCAGAGUGUUGUGUCCAUGGGGUUGAAUAACCCUAUCCCUCAUGGGUGGUUGUUCCAGAGGGACCAGUCCCCUCCUAUGGACCUGCUGCAGUGGAUCUACCAAAUGGAGAGGGAGAAGAAGGUGCGAGCUGCUGAUAUCGCCAUGUCACUAAGAGGAAAGAUGGGAAAAACUCAAGGAGACAGACCGGUUAAGUCGAGCCUGACAUCUAGUCUGGCUUUCAAGAUACUUGACACACAUGUUGCCCAGAAAACAAGACCUACUGUUGAGAGGGAGCCUCCUGAAACCGAGACCUUCGGGGACGACGCGGAUGAGGAGCGCAGGUCCUUGCCCUCACAGAAGAUCCAGGAUGUCGGCACAAUCAAGCGUUUUAGAUCCAACAGAUGA